GACCAUCAGUUGAGCUUGGCUCCAACCAAACAAAAUUCUCAAGUUUCAGCCGUGAGCAUGUCUCAAGUAGCUGGCGCAACCGGAGGAGCAUUUGGCGGUGCUAAAACAAAGACUGUUUUUCUGGCAAUGAUCAUCUUAUUUGCCAGAACCGCUCAGGGGCAGCCGCGAGAGAUCGCAUGGGACCAUGACGCGGUGAAUGCGGAGCACACGGAGCUGCUCGAUACAUGGCACGGCCAUGUCAUCGAAACUGUGGAAACACGUUUCCGCAUGAAGGUCGGUGACCUUUGCGACGUGAUGGCUCCGCAGCGGGAGCUUGAAGACAAGAUGACGAUGCCACCGGACACGUGGAUCAAACCCACCUUGAAGGGCCGAGGGAACGACAAGGUGACCUUGUGGUUCUCCAACGACGACCUUUACUUUUUGGGCUACACUAAUCUUACGGGCCACCUGCAUACGUUAGGAGGGUACGAUGGCUUAUUCCUAGAGCCGUUUUAUCCACUUAGAUUCGGCGGCAGCUAUACUGACCUCAUGGGUGUACACAGAACACCCCAAGGAAAAAAAAUACCUGCUCACACGUUUGUCGUUAGCGUUCCACUAGGGAAAGAGUCGCUGCUAGAUGCGAUCCACGUCCUCUCCUCCUAUAACCCUUCAACCCCCGACACCGACCUAAAAAUAGCAAUAGCCAAAAUUGUACUCAUGGGACCGGAAUCCUUACGAUUCCGUCCCAUACGCGACGCAUAUAUUUUAGAGUGGCACCAAGAAACAAACACCUAUCUGACUUUGGGUCAGACAAAAUAUUUGGUUAAAUGGUCAGAGAUUAGUAAAGAAUUGGUGCGGUGGGAAAAAUCGGGCAGGAAAAUUUUCCUUAAAACCAAGGGGGCUCGUGAGUUAAAGGAUGAACUUGGUAUAGGUUCUGCAGAGGAGGCGAUGGGAUUAGUAUACUUGCUACUUCGGCCUAGGCCUUGAGAGACGUGAGGCACUCGCGUAGUUGAAAUGGCAGCAAGAAGUUUGGUGAUGUAAUAGGAAUCGGAGAACUAUAUGAAAGAAAUUGUAAGAGAGGUCGAAAAUAUAUGUACUUCAACGGAGUUCCAGUUUUUAUUGUUGUUA